AUGGAAAACGGAUUACAGGAACAGCUGCAGCUGCUGACACAGUCGAUCCCUGCCCUCGAUGAUCUAGCACGUUCAGAGCUCUUCAAACCUACCCCUCGCACUUUCAGUGUGGAGGAAACUACCAAACUGACUUACCAGAGAGCGAAGGCUUUUGCCAACGGAUACGGUAUGCUCUUAUGGUUGACACUCAAGGAUGUUCUAUAUAUAACUCCUAAAUUCUGGAAACUGCACCUGCAGAAUUUAAUCGCUAUGGAUGGUGGUGCUUUCACUCUCCUGAGCAUCCAGUGCAAUCUCUUUGUGGGCACGCUGGCUCCUUUUUCCUUGAAGCGUCCGGAGCUCCAGUCGAUUAUCCAAUCUGCCUUGGAUUUCGAUAUCUCGGCGCAAUUUAUGUUGACUGAAGUCAAUCAUGGGUUAGACGCACGGAAUAUCCAGACAACCGCGACGAUUCUGCCCAAUGGUGACAUUGACCUUCACACUCCAACGCCGAAUGAUGCGAAGGUUAUGCCACCAACUACACCGCGGGGUGGUCUACCAGUAGUUGCAAUUGUAAUGGCUCGUCUCGUGAAUGAGGAUAAAGACUGUGGAAUCCGGCCAUUCCUCGUCCAACUUGGAAACGGAGAAGAGAUGUGCAAGGGUGUUAUCGCGAAGGCUCUACCUCAACGAACAGGUGCCCACCCAGUCGACCAUGCUAUUACAUACUUCGAUCACGUCCGUCUCCCGAAAUCCGCCCUCCUUGGCAGCUUAGAGGAAACAGAAAACAAGCGCGAAGGCUUCUUAUCCUCAAUCCACCGAGUGGCAGUAGGAACUCUCUUCCUCUCAGCUUGUGUUGUCCCAUGUCUCAAGCUCGCCACAUUCAAUGCCGCGGCUUUCAGCCAGAACAGACUUGUCAGUGGCCAAGGUGGAAGCCCAGUUGCAGUUAUUGAGUUCCGAACUCAACAGAUGCCCAUUCUACACUCCGUCGCCCAGUACAGUGUGCUAGAAGCAUUUGCGGUUUCCGCGGCGAUUGCGUUCCGAGAACAGAGCGUGGAUCCCCGGGUGCGUCAUGGUAUAGCUACGGCUUUCAAAGCCGUUGCGCUUGGUCAUUUCAGCAAAAGUGUCAGGGCUAUGAAUGAGCGGUGUGGAUGGCAAGGACAUUAUGAGAUUAACCAGAUUCUGCAGAUGGAGCUGGAAAUGCGCGGUGCUUCGACCGCAGAGGGUGAUAUUCGGGUUCUUGCUAUACGACUCGCAUCCGAAUUGUUGAUUGGCCGUUAUCAAAUGCCACCACCAAAGGAUCCAAACAGCCCCAUUGCUCGACAUGAGACCUCUCUCUUCUCUGAAGCGAGAACCCUCCUGCAACAAGGUGCGAAUGGAGCUCACCGAAGUGAAGCAUUCAAUCGUGAUAUUCUCCCACUCGCUCUCCCCUUGGUUGAAGCAAUUGGACACAGAAUGGCAUAUGAGGCCGCCCUGGAGGCCAAUAUCGACAUUAAGCUGCUCAACCUUUACGAGAGCGGGGUUAUGAAGGAAGACUCUGCAUGGUAUGUUGAAAAGGGUGGACUCAGCAGAGAAAUUCAACGCGAAAUGGAAGCCCAAGCCACCGAUGCCUUGCUUCCUCAGCUAAAGGAUCUUUUGCUCGCUUCUGGUGUCCAGCCUUAUAGCAAUGCUCCUAUGACUUCGAAGGCGCUGUGGAAUGAUUUCGUUUCGGGUUUGGAGGUCUUCUCGGGAGAUGCAUCUGCAGAUCUGACCGAUUUCUGA